AUGGAGAGUAGAGCUUCACGCGGGCCACAUACACACAGUGCCUUAAGCCCAGAUGAACCCAGCCGGCCCAGUAAUCGCGGAGUCGUCACAGGACCUGUAACCCCGGCCCACGUCUUCUUCUGCUCUUCCUCCCCGCAACUCGGCAGUUUCAGCGCAGUGCACUCGGCAGCCAGGACCAACGACGCGGCGACGACGGCGAGCGUGACCGCGACCGCGCCCAGCCCCCCUACAGAUCCGCGCGGCGGCCGGCAAGAUGUUUUUGACGAUCAAGACUUGGGUUUCUUCACCAACUUCCUGGGGAUCUUCAUCUUUGUGUUGGUCAUCGCGUACCACUUUGUGAUGGCAGACCCGAAGUAUGAGAACUGAUCGCCUUUUGUUUAGCAAUGAGACCGUAUUAUACUCGGAGCAAAUAGGGAAAUGUGUCGGUUAAUGGUAACAGAGUGCUUGACAGAUCUUUUUAAGUGCAAUUAUCUGGCAUUGUGACUUGAAUCAUGUUUAAUCUGUUGAACAAGUGAACUGUGGAGAUUUCAAAAGAUCGAUUUACUAUC